AUGUUCAUUCGUUCUAUACUUUGUUUUGAUAUUUUCAAGUUCGGUAUCGAGUUUGGUGGUUUCGGCGUGUUACCUUGGAAUUUCGUUUGUACGCGUUACAUAAAUGCGCAAUGAGCGGGUUUAUUAAAAUGAAAAAACAUUAAUUGGGAAGUGAAAUCUAUAGUAAGUGUUGAAAACGAAAAUCAAACCGGCGGACGUCCUCAAUCUCAAGUCGGACCGUAUUUCGUCUCAUGUCUUUAUCUCGGAAAUAAGCGUACAUCUCUUGUGUACUGAUUACUGAUUUAUUUAGUUCGUCGUGCGGAAUGAGACGGAUCGGUUGAGCUUCCUAGAAAUGGGUCGCUCAUAGUCGUACAAUAAAAAAAACUUUUUGAAGUUCCUGGCUGGUGUUAUUGUUUUUGAAUUUAGAACGUAAAAAAAAUUAACGCGAUGAGUGCUGCGACGGACUCAGUUUUGGCGGGAUAUAUCCCAGAAUAUUUGUUUACUCUGAUGGAGGAGUUAGAUGAACAUCCGUGGUUGUUUGCCGCUCUUGCCUCAGUUCUAGUUGGACUCAGUGGGAUCCUGCCUCUCCUGAUCAUACCCAUCGACGAAUCUGCGUCGUUUAAGGACGGAGCGGGGGCAGCAACACUGCGAGUCCUGCUGAGCUUCGCAGUCGGCGGUCUGCUUGGAGACGUGUUCCUACAUCUACUGCCCGAGUCUUGGGAACACGACCUAGCUGGCAGAAAAGAAGGCGAGCACGUUUCACUAAAAUGCGGUCUUUGGUGUCUCGCUGGCAUGCUAGUCUUCAUCGUAGUAGAAAAACUCUUCGCAGCGUCAGAAGGCGAAGAAGAACAAACCCCGCCAGCGAAGCAGAACGGAUCUAUCAAGCAGAUUGAAAUAGAAGAGAUCGAGAAACUUCUAGAAUUGGAGAGAAAACAACGCGGGGGGAAUAAAGGGGGUCUUUGUAAUGGAAGCGUGACUGCUAAGCAGCUGUAUGACACUUGUGUGUUCAAUAAUAACACGAAAGGUGAAGGCGGUUGCUGUAACAGUGUAGCCGCUUCGAAUGGUUCAGUUAAAUGCGGAGGGAAGGGCAGCAACCGUUGGAUGGGCCGCUGUCUAUUACGAGAGGCGAGAGAGAAGGCACUGAAGGCUACUAAAGAGAAGAGCGAGAAGAAAGAUGUGGCGGGCUACCUGAACCUCAUGGCCAACUCCAUAGAUAACUUCACGCAUGGACUGGCGGUGGGCGGCUCCUUCCUCGUGGGCUUCCGAGUCGGUCUGCUCACCACAUUCGCUAUACUCGUCCAUGAAAUCCCUCACGAAGUGGGAGACUUCGCCAUUCUCCUGAAAAGCGGGUUCUCGCGGUGGGAAGCGGCCAAGGCGCAACUGGCCACCGCUUCAGCUGGUCUGAUCGGUGCAAUGACCGCCGUCAUAUUCAGCGGAGCCAGAAAUGCGAUAGAGGCAAAGACAUCCUGGAUAGUCCCGUUCACAGCGGGCGGGUUCCUACACAUAGCGCUGGUCACAGUGUUACCGGACCUUCUCCGGGAAGAAGACAAGUGGCAGUCGCUCAAACACCUUGCGGCUUUGUUAGCCGGCAUCGGGGUCAUGGCAUUUAUGACGUAUUACUUCUAGAAACUUCUAUAAAGAAUACGGGCCUGAGUCUAGUGAAUCAACAGCAUCACCACCAAUAUUAAUCACGACUAAAGCCAGUUCCACUUCUGGGUUGUGUUGUUUCGGAAAAAUGAUGCAAUCGUUAAAUUAUAUACGUACAGCGCCAUCUAACGUAUUUCAAAGUAAUACUAAGAGAAGAUGAUGAAAUUAUUAUAAGAACCGUAAAAAUUCGGGAUACGCACGCUAUGUUUAAGAGAUGGAAUUGCGCGAAAUGUAUUUAAAGUUUGAUAAAACUUUACAUAAUAGAGAGAGAGCACGUUUUAGGUUCAGAAGACCGAACACAACACUGUAAAUAUGCAAACGCCAAACAUUCUUUUACUCCAUACAUCACUACAAAGUGUGUCUAGCUACUAUCGAAAGAUAUGAGGUGACAUUGGAACCAUGUGCCAAUAUUUUACAAGUAAAUAUUUACUAUUAUAUAGAUUUACUUGUAAAUAUAAUAGAGGCAACGCAAUGACAUUCCGAGGUGACAUACUAAUAAUGAAAUUGAUACAUUCAUAGGUGUACUCAGUAAGGCCUAGAGAUAUACUAAUUGAUCCAUGAUAAUACACAUAGCGGGUCAUAAAAUAGCAUCACUU